CGAACAGAAAGAGAAACUCGAUAGAGGCAUUUCUGAGAAGCGACCGUUCGGACUUGCAUGUGUCUGCAUUACACGUAAGUAUCAGUACAUUUCUAGUUAUUUUUUGAAUUUCAUUUCAAAUCAAAUCAUUUUGACUGGCUCAGUAAAUCAGUCUUCACUCCCACAUCCCGUUCCUUAGAUAAUCUCUGAAUUUGAUAUGACACGUAGCAUUUUUACAAUUGUUCCGCUAUUUGAUAGAUUAUACAUGUGUUCUUAUCAGUCUACUCUUGUUUUCCCAGGCAACUCUAAUAUUUUCAUUUUCAUUUUUCAUCUAUUAAACUGAUAAAUCUUCUUUACCUAAACCGACUCUAAACGGUAAAGCUCUCUUUUCUCCAGAGAAACAGAUUAAUUGAAGCGAGAAAACGUCAUCAUGUUACACGGAAUCGCUGGAAUAAUGAACGCCACUCACUGAUCGAUGCCAAUUCAGCGGAAAUGAAGAAAAAAAAAAAAAAAAAAAAAAGAGAACUUCCUUCAAUGAAUUGGCUUUUUUGCUGUUCGCCAAAGAAAUUUUUACCAAUUUUUAACGAUUUCUUAAAACAUGCUUAUAGAUAAAUUGAAAUGACGUUGCAUGCUAAUAUGAUUUUGAUAUCAGAGAAUUUGUAUCUUCCAACAAGCCCCAUCUAGAUCAACGAGGCAGUCGUGUAAAAUCUUUGAACAAGGAUCAGCUUUAAACAACCUUUGUAAUUUGUCAAUAUUUAUUUUCCGUUCUUUUAUUUCGUUUUCACCAACAGUCAAACCCUCUUAUCAAAAAAGAGGCACUUAUAGAGAAACAAGCUAUGUUAAUGUCCUUAAGAUCUUUUAAUUAUACACGGAAUCUUCGGCACUCAACGCGCUGAUGUUUUGUUUAGGAAAAAAAUUCGGCUUUUGUUCUCUGAAACAGAAAUCCUUAGAAGUUAAUGUCAUCUAAAAUUCAUCCGGCUUCAGCUAUAAUUUCGAUUUGUCGUUUAACUUAAGCUUUCAAAAUCAGCUUUCUUUCGGUGUGUAAAUGUUGAGAUAAAUAUUUUGCAUUGCAAUUAAAACCCAUUUCCCUCGGAAGAAAAAAAUCUUUGCGAAAUCACGUAAAGGAAAGCUAUUCUCGCUGGAGCGUUUCAAGUUUUUGUUGUGGUCAAAAUUCCGCUAUGACCAAGAUACCCUUUUUAGUGACGCAGUUGUAUCGCUGGUUUCCGGUUCCUUUGACUGAGAAGAUUUUGCCGCAGGGGACUCUUCAGUCAUUGAUAUUGGAUGAUGUGAUGUAACAACAGUUCCCGUAUGAAAACAUCAGCUAUAAGAAAAAUUAUUGACAUUUUCAGACACUUUCGAGAAAUUUCAGAGACCUGUAAUAGCCCCUGAAAAGAAUCAAGGAAAUAAUGAUCAAUUCUAGGUAGGUACCUAUUAUCAUCCAUAAAACAGAUCCAAUAUCACAAGGCGGUAUCAAUUUCCAAUUAUACUGAGGAAUCAGGUUAUCUCCUGGUCUUAGAGACCACUCUUUUUUAUUUAGCUUUUUAAGAUAAAAGUAUUCAGGACUUUUUUUUACAAAGAACUCCGCGGAUUGCUGGUAUAAUGACGCAAUAGUCAAGAGCUUACUUGUUAUUCUAGGAGAGCGCGAAGGCCCAAUAGAGCUGAAUAAAUUAACAUGAGGCAAGGAAAGACCUUGGCUCAAAUAUAGUCAAUUUACACGUUUAAAAUCGUGAUUAGCGUUAGUCCAAAAGUAUCUCUGUGGUGUGCAGGAGCACAUACAUGAGGAAAAAGCAUCCGCGAUCCCUGAACACAAUUCCUUACUUGAUUCCUGCCAACUAAAUUAGUUUGUUUUGUAUUCUAGCUAAUUUUCAACGACUUGACAAUUUUGUGGGAAACUCCAUUCCCAUCUCUCUCUAAGAAGGUUUGUGCGAACUUACACGCGCUAACUCAGCAGUCCUCACGCUUGAUUACGUCAUAUACUGAAAAUUAAUCUUGAAGUCUCGUUUUCAUCACAUUUUUAUCGCUGCCACCGCUUACACGGUUUUUUUAUGUGGAAUUUCGCUUGAGUGCUCGAAUACUUCUUGUACGUAAAACUUCAAGGCCUAUCUUUCAGAUUACUUUGUUUGAUGUGUUUUAGUUAGUCAAUUUAUUCAUCUCUAUCAGGUCUUCCCGCUAUCUUAGGACAAUCAUUAUUCUUUUGAUGACACCAAAAAGUUGUAAGAGUUUGUCUAUGAUAUUUAAAGAGAAAAAAAGGACCUAUUUUCUAUAAUUUUUUUUUUUUUUUCAAAAGCAUAGUACCCCGCAAACUGGUUCGUCGUGAGAAUUAUCCUUGGCCUAGUAAAGUACAGAACGCCCAAAAAGCAGCACUUAAAAUCUUAAAAGUUAUCUUUAAGCGAAGAAAAUUCCCUAUUUAUUUGAAUAGAUUAUUGGCAAGCUUCACAUCUAUGAAAAGAACCGCAAUUUUAAACCCACAUAAUUUACCGCAUCCCAGCUUAAGCCGCAUACGUGUCGCAUCUAUUAGCUUUUCGAACAUGACUGAGGAGUCUCAAAAAUACUUCGUCUCACUUGUCUACUCAAUUCUUGCUUUUAUUAAGAUCAAGAUAAAAACAUUAUAGCGUUUUAAAUAAGUUCUUUACAGCAUCUGUUAUUGAGUUAAUCAUUGAAACCAAAAUGCAUAUUAAGAAUGCAAGUGUUGUGUUGUAAAGAUGAUACUUAUCUAAGUAAUGAAUGUUUUAAAAAAAUCAUUUCGACGGAGAUGAUAUGGAGUUUGGUUCUUAACUUAAACUUUUUCCUUUGUUUUCUUCAGUAAUCUUCGUUUCAAAAACAAUCAGACUUGAUACAAUUUAUGGUAGAUGUUUCAAUUAAAAAUUCAUUCGUUUAACAACGAGUGAAAGAGCGGCAGAUAUCUCUAAAAAAACUGAAAAAAAAAGCGAAUUCAAAACUACCAUAGGGUAAGAAAAGACCUGGAAACAGAAACCAAAAAACACACUAGAAGUUAAAGGGUAAAUGUUGCGUGUAUUUACUAUUUUUUUCUAGUUUUUCUUUUUGUUUGUUUCUUUGUUUUUUUCGGUUUGUUUUAUUUCGUAUUUCUUUGUCUGAUACCUGUUUUCUCAAGAGUUCUCCUCGUUCUAAAACUGAAUGUAUCUACGAUAAUGAGCAUUUUGAUAUAAAAAAAAUCGAGCCUAUUACAUGUAAGAGUGGAUCGAGUCUUCGUUGUUCAUAAAACUUAUCGUCUUUGUCUAUUUUCAUUUUUUUUUAGCGGCAAGAUGAAGCAAUCUCCCACUUGGAUAUGUAUCUUAUUCUAUUUGACAUCACUGUUUCAUAACAGUAAGUUAAACACAACGACAUUUUCAACCCCAGCAAAUUUUUACCAAAUCUCCUUCAGAAGGGCUCAGCGGACCAAGCAGCGUAAUUUAGCGUCUCGAUCAUAAUUCUACUGACGGGGAACCUUGCCUGGCGAAAUAAUCUUUGAAUUCACAUUCUCUUGGGCCUUCUUACCAUUAUACGUGCAAUUAAUAAUACCUAGUCAAAAGUGUUGGCCGGUGAUGAACCGCUAUUUCAGUCCCUCUCUAGCUAGCGAACGACGAAUAACGAUAUUAUGGGUUUCCCUUAUAGGUUGCGUUGGAAAGUUGAAGUUUUUGCUUUAAGUGAUAUAUAUAUUUUCUUUUUAUUAUGUAGGUGAACACCGCACAAUCGAUGGAAAGGUAAGAUUAUUGUUUAGUUUUUCAGUUUGCUUCUCAUAAGUUAGUGUGCGUUUCACAAAAUGGGUAUUGCUGAAGCCGAGUAACAUAAAACCACUCGGCAAGGCGUCAGUGAGAAAAGAAAUUUAUGCAGAGAAAAAUUUGAGAUUGUUUGUCGUAAAAUUUUCCGAUGUGAACUCGAUGAAAAUACUCAUCAGCAAUUACUGUUAUUUAACUAGCUAUAUAGAUGUCAAUGUCUUGAAAUCAUAUUUUAAAAAAAUGUAUAUUGCUUUGCGCUGACACGAAACUACGUUAACAUUACACAGUGACCGUCUUGCUUCUUGAGUACCCAGCUUUAAAAGUUCUAUUCCAUUUUGGUGGGGGAGGGUUAUAAAUAGUGAUUGAAAUGUUUUAUUUUUGAGGAUUCUUCUAAUUAGUGUCGUCGCUUAUUUCGGGCAAUGCGACUUACAUUUCCUUUUUGCUUUUCUUCUGUUAUCACCUCUUUCUAGCCCCUCCAUCAUUUGAUGACAGAAGGGGAAUUGAAACGUUAUUUUGGCUCAGAGAACCUGUCAAAUGGUAAGAGACAAUUUUUCUUAGUUUGAAUAUAUGUAUAUUUAGAAGUACAGUGCUAAAUUCCAUCAUGUCCAAUCAGAUAUAACGAGGCUCCUAAGACAUACAUGUACAAUUUUAACACAAAGCUGACUUACAUACUAAUAAAUAUUGAAUAGGUAUCACUUUUUACACAUACGACUCGAAGUGAUGCAUCAUUUUUGCUUUCCUUUGAAGUCCCUGAAUACGAUGUCACAGUGCCGCUUGAGUCAAAGGAUGGCAACUUCGCCAAUUCGUACUCAAUGAAUGGCCGAUUUAGGAGAAGCCUCGAAGAAGACGAUGGUGCGACUUACCACUAUCAUAUUAACGCCUUAGGAGAAAAGCUACAUCUCCAUGUUAAAAGAAACACAAAAUUUAUGGCUCCUGAUUUAAUGUUGGAAACCCGUGAUGGGAAUGGACAGAGGGUUUCCAGACCAGUGUCCAGGGAUGCGUUUGUGACCGGCUCAGUGGCUUCGGAUCCAGAUUCAGUGGUUGCAUUGAGUGUUAGAGAAGGGCUGGUAAGAUUAUCUAUGGAAGGGCACCUAGAGGGAGCUAUGUUACAAAAUGAGUCAUUUUUUGCGCCGAGCAAAAAUUGUAGUUAGUUCAAUGGCUACAUGUACCGACGAAUUUCUUCGUUAUGGGUAUUGGUUUUUACUCCAAACUGUACACCAUCUUGAAUGGAAUUUGAAUUAUAUUGAAACGAUCUGACGAAUUGCAACUUGCAAUUUAUCAGGGAAAAUACAAUUUUCGAACACUAAAACAAACGAACGAGGACCUCCUAACCUUAAAAUCGUUGAUUAAGAAGACUUUCAAAACCAAUAUAGCAAAAUAAAGUUAUCUCCACCAUAACGGAAAAUAAAACAUAUUAUGGAAAUAUAAAAGACAGUAUGAAACAAAGAGGGCGAAAAGAUUAAGACGAAUUGAUAAUGAUGAGUUUUCGAGUUGCGCAAGCUAUGAAUUUUUAAAAACUCCACCAAACGCGAUGAAAUUAGCGCACGUCGGGGCCUCACUGGAUCGUACUAAAGUCUCUAUUUUCCCUUCCCACGAACACUUUGUUCGGCUUUAGCUUCAAUGCUUUUGCUAAUACAGUGUUAAAUUUCCCAGCACAUGAAUUUACUUGCAAACAAGUCCCUUGUGGCUUAGUCUGGGUGUUAAACUUGCUGUAAGCAAAAACCGGGUGGAUUCGGAUUUUCGUUUUCCACGGCUCUGUAUAAUUUGCAUUACACUUUUCUCUAUCGGUAGACUGGUAUAGUGAAAAGAUCACGUGACACUUUCUUAAUUCAUCCUUUACCCAAACGGCUGGCUCGACACUUCGGAGAUAAAGAAGGAGCAAAACCACAUUUGAUUUACCGAAGAUCCUCACAAGAGAACAAUAGGUGUCAAACAAAUACAGGUAAGAGCUAAAGGAGUGAGUGAUGACACUGAAUAUCUCAUGGAGCCCUUCAUCCAAAAGAAAUCCCUCUGACGCUCUGUUUGGUCGUAAGAUAUCUCGUCUUUGAGGAAAAAUGUUUCAAGAAUCUUUCUUGAGAUUUUGCAGUUUUGAUGACGAAGGAAUAGAGCAAUUUUCAUUUGAGAUAAGAAAGUUGUCUGAGACUACAAUGGUUUAGCUUUUUUCUGUUCCGUGAUUCGCCGAGAAAAAUCACGCUACCCUUUCAACCAAUCAGGUGCUAACCCCAAACUAAUCACAACUUGGUCACGCACGUCUAUCUCGCUUUAGACAAUUGGGAAUUCAGUCUCAUAACGAUCAAUUCCUGACUAAGAAGUCCAUACAAAACUCACCACUGAAGACGAAAACGAGCUAAAUCCAACCUGGAAAAUCGAGACUGCUUUUCGUAGGAGCAUCGUAAGUUAGAUACUUUUGGUCAGCUUGCUGAAGGUUUUUCUUCUGCCUAAAAUAGACGGCUUUCUUAUCCGUACCAAGGAAAGGGAAAUUAAUUCAGUUACAUUCAAAGCUUCAUCCAUUGCAUUUACUUGAAUGUUCUGAUUUUCGAAUCUCAUUAGAAACGAUUCCCCGAGAGAGGAGAGCUCGUCGCUCUUCAGAGAGAGCAGGCGGUGUUCAGGAAGACAACCACAACAGCGCAGUAAAUGAUAAAUACUUGGAGGUAGCGAUACUUGCUGAUGAAAGUAUUGUCGAGAUUCAUGGAAAUCACUCCGAGGAAUACCUAUUAGUUUUAGCCAGCAUAGUAAGUUAAAAGGUUCCAAGAAUAUUACUCAUUAUGGCCUUCCAUCUCUCAUUUCCAACCAGCAAAUCACAGUAAAAAUUUCGUCAUCACACUGCUAAGCAACUUUCGGAUGAAAUCUGGAUUUUAAUUUUGUGCAUUAUAACAUGAUCUGUUAGUUAUGCAUUCAAAUCAAAGAAAGAGUCUCUACAAAAUCUGAUUGCUGUACUUUUUCUUUGGUUUCUCUUCCGUUUCCUUUCCUUUGAUUGUGUUUGUUCCGACGCUCACUUCUUUCCUUGACGUCCUACAGGUAGACGCUGGAAUUUUCCAAGAUCCAACUAUCGGAGAGCAAAAGAUCAAUUUUGUAGCAACUCGCCUUGUCUUUGUCAAAAACACUGAGGUAAUUCUUUAAUGUAGAAAAUGGAAAGACCAAAUCGUCUUCAGUUAGCCACUUCACCGGUUAAACCCUUGUUCUGGAAGCGAUAUGUCGUUGAUUUUAUUUCAGAAUUAUCUGGAAAUGAAGCGGAAUGCCUCCUAUCGCAUUUGAAUUCAGCGGAGCCGUCUAUCCAAUUCACCCUUGAGCGUAAAAAGGAUAAAGGAUUGAUUUAAAUGGGUGCAGAGCGGAACAGGGGAAUUUAGAGAUAGGUGUUUAUCGUAAACCUACUCGCACCGACAGAUACCUCGCUUUUGAUUCUCGUCCCCCUAUUUGCCGUAAAAAUUCUGUAGCUAAAACUGUACGCAGGAGGGCGGACUGUCCGCCAUCUUCAUUUGAUUCGAAGGCUGAGGAGAGAAAAUAUGUUUCGGACGUCCUAAAGGUAAAUGGCUAUACCAAAAUAUUUCUGCGUAACUGCAAGAACCAGUUACAACUAGUAACACUCCUGAUGAGAAGGAACCAGCGACUGGUUUUGCUGUUACUCCUUACACUUUCAGGGUGUUGCAGAAACCAUCAAGAUAAUUCUUAAUAGCCACAACGUUAAAGUUUCUCAAAAGCCUUUUCAGAACUUGGGGCAUAUUUUUGCCAAACCUAAAGAUUCCAUCACGAAAGAACAACGAAACGACGCUAUUUACUCUAUUCUGUGCAAUGAAUGUGAUCACGAGUAUAUCGGACAGACCAAACGUCAGUUUGGUACACCUUUUAAAGAGCAUCAAAAAGCGGUCUUCUUCAGCAAAAAAGACAAUUCAGCUCUGUCAGAGCACACAUGCCUAACUAGCCAUACAAUUAGGUGGAAUAAUUCCGGCUAAAAUUAAUCACCACUAAUCGACACUACCACCAGCGCCUACAUUUGAAAGCCUAGCAUAUCAACUCCUACUACUUCUUUCUCUACUAAUCCAUGUAAACCAUCCUCGGCUUCCAAGGAUUCACGAUGAAGUUUAAAAAAGAUAAACACAGCGUUUUUGUUUCACUUAUGAACACUUUUAUCUCCUCACUUUCAUUUUCGGACCGUUCAAAUACCCCUUGACCCAUAAUUAAGUCCCCUUUGACUACAUAAUACUGAAAAUAAUAUUUUUAUUUUAUCUUUGACCAGUUCGGAGCCAAUUCUGCUUCUUCUGGUGUACGUCACUUGGACAUUAUUGGUAAAGUGGGAAAAUGGGCUUCAGAAAACAACAGACCAGAUGAAUCGGAUCCUUUGCAAUUCGACGUCGCUGUUCUUGUUCGUGGGUAAGUCGUGUUAUUUUAGUUAAGUGUUGAUGCGUAGGCACCUCGAAUCUUACCAGAAAUUAAUUACACACCAGCAAGAUUUUCUUUGCGAGUUUCCUUGUCAUGAUCGCCCUUCGUCAAUUUUAGCGAGUGGAGCUCGCUAGAAUACCCACAAGUCUUCUGUAAACCCUUAGUUUAGAGUUAGCUUUAAAUCUCACCUGGGCGCUUCAGUGUUUCGGUUUUACUUUUAAUUCAUCUUAACUAAUGGUUAACCACGACAGUUGGGUUAUGAUGAAAAGUGAUGUUUGUACUUAUCUUGUGCUUUUUUAUUGUUUUUGUUUCAUUUCACAGCGGUGGAAUAGGAGGUUAGUCAAUUUCAAUCAUACCCUUCAUAAAAUUUUCAUAGAAUAAGUUAUUCAUGAUCAAACAGCUGACCAAUGGUGAAACUUAUUUGGAUAGCAUGCAUUUUAUUCCAGGAAGUGGGUACCUAAGUAGAAACAUACAUCGUUUAAAAUAAGAUGCAGUUUUUCUUUCUUAACCUAAGUUGAACAUUGUUUUCAGUCGACUAAGUGUUGUUAACAUAUGCAAUCAACGAAAAAAAAAAUCUGUUGUUGGAGUGCUGACGUUUAAAACAUGACUAUAGGUAAAUUUGCUUCAGUAAUAUUCUAAAAACUUCUGUGUUCAAACCGACAUUUUUCAUUUCGUGUCUCGAUUAGGUUUAGCAUCGUUUGGUGGAGUUUGUAAACGUACCAACACUGUUAGUGUGGUGAGGGAUAGUGGUCUUCAAACUGCAUCUUUCAUCGCACACGAAGUGGCACAUAAGUAUGUUUAUGUUAACUUGGAAAUCCCUUAGAACCUUUAAGCAAGAUACCGUGUUGCAUGAAAAUGUUGUGAGUUUUAAUCUCUACGGAUUUUGCGCGGUUAAAAUGUGAUUUGCUCAUUCUAAUGAAGAUAGAUGCAUACCAGUCAUGUAUCAACUCAUUUUUACUCGGGGGAUUUAAUUUGAACUCAUUCGAAUUGUUAAGAUAAGAAUCACCUUCCCUCUUUGCACCUCGAUAAGUUGAAAAUCGGCGGAAAAUAUACAGUUUGUUUCUUUCCGCGAUAGUGCUCUUCCACUUGAAUAAAAAGUUGCAAAAAAUUACAGUGUUUUCCAACAGAAAUUUCAAUCAAUUUUCAUGCCUCGCGGUAAUCAAACUGAAUAUCCAAUAGAGACCCCAGCUCUUUGCUCUAAGAGAUAUUCGUGAAGGAUACAAAAAAAUGCCAAUAUUUUAGAACGACACAUCAUGAGUUAUGGUUGAUCAUUCAACCCAUGCUACGAUUUCUUUCCGUCUCCUUAACUUAGAACAAUUUGGAGUGCUCCAGCUAGAUGUAAUGUGGUUUUCGUUAGCAAAAAUACUUUACCCUGAAAAAACCUGAGGAAAUUAGCUUUAGGUAUGAGAGUAGACGGGUAUUGAACGAGAGAUCAGUCAAAUCACAUGAAUGCCUACAUAUACGGAGUAACACUUUAUAAACGCAAUCACCACGGCUUAUUGAAGUAAACUCGAUGUUAAGGGAAAAUUGGUUUUAUCAAUUAAGUUGAUAAAGUAAAUUAGCCACCGUAAAGAGAUUUAAAGUUUUUGUUUUGUCGCUAGCCCUUCGUCAACCCUCAGCUCCUUUGCGGUGGCAAAUUUACAUUAUCAACUCGGUUGAUAAAACCAAAUUAUCUUGAACACCCCCACAGACGCAGCACCACAGUUUCUUUAGAAACUUGCCCCUUUUAUUGACUGAAAAAGGUAUUGGUUUCACUCUGCAGCUUAGGGGUACCCCAUGAUUCCAAAGGAUCAAGUAAAAACUGUUCCAACUUUGUUAACGUCAUGUCAACGACAGGACAAGGAGGACCUGGUUCUUGGGAGUGGUCAUCGUGCAGCAAGGCAAAAAUUCAGAGUUUUCUCAAGUAAGAGAAGUCUCGAAAGUACUGAAAGCACCUUUUAUCUUCUCGUAACUUACUUUCAGGCUCCAUCAAGCGUGCCUAAGAAGCCCAUAUAAUAAGUUGAGAGUGGAAAAUUUGACUCCGUUUUGGUCGCUGUAAUCAAAUUUAAAUAUCCUUAUCUGCAAGCAUACAAUGGGCAGUAUCGUUAGUAGAGAUUGCAGUGUCAGACAGAGCAAUUCGUACAAUAUGGAGAAACUCCUGAUCUGGUUGAUAAAAAGGUUCGCUUUCCCAUUUAUUGCUUUCAUAACAGUGUAAUUUCCUUUUUAUUUAUUUAUUCAUUUUCAAAGGAGCAGCAAAUCCACAUGUUUAAAUGAUCCUCCUCCCUCGACUCGUCCUAAGCUUCCCUCUGACUUCUACACCGAGCUACCAGGAGAACUCUUCGACGCAGAUAAACAAUGUUUGUUCCAGUAUGGCCCUGAAUACAGACAAUGUCCGCAAAGAAGGGUAAGAAAAAAAGACUGAUCUAAUCAAAAAAAUUUUUUAAGGGGAGAACCUCCUCGUUUACACUUCAGAUAAAAUACAGGAAGGAAACCAGAUAAUCUUGAACGAUGGUUUGCAAUUUUGAGCAAAUUUAUUAAGGGUAGGUAGCCUGUAAAGAAUGGUUUGACAGUCGAAUCAAGUUGAUUUUUUUUUUUUAAACAGUUGAUCGAGAAAUUCCUUCAUUUUAUUUUUAGAGCGUCUGUGGUUCCCUUUGGUGUACAUCAAACGGACGCAACUGCUAUUCGAGCUAUUUAAGGGUAGCAGAUGGAGCACCAUGCGGACUGCGUAAAGUAAGUUUAUCAUCAAAAUGGUCCUCUAACUCUGCCUGUGGCAGAAUUCUCGCACACGUCUUAAUUCUCUCUAUAGUUCACAGUCCUGGCCGACUUGAAUCAAAUUCUAACCAGUUAAAGAGACGCUGUCAUGCCAUGUUUUUCAAUGGGUCACUGCCUUUUUCACCAGUAGCCAUUCCUCCAAGGCAUAGUAUUGUAAGUCUUCUCUAGUUAUGAAAGUCUACGGUGUUUGAUCAGUGAUAAUCGUUGAAAGACUUCGAUAAUUGAGACACCUCUUAACGGCAUUCACUAAUUAGUUGUAGGGUUUAUAUGGUUAAGCAACGCAAAGUAUUCCCUCCGCAAAAGAAUAAGGAAAGAUAUCCAUGUAAACGGUUUACAGCACUGCUACACCAUAUGAUGAAUAGUAUAGAUGCCAAAGGAAUGAUAGAUCAUUCCUGGACAUCUUUUAAUAUUUUCUCUCAUAGUGAACCCUUGUGAUUUCGCAACGAUCUCGAAUACCCUAAUUCUUAAUUUUUUAAUUAUUCAACGAUUGAAACUAAAGUUAAUCAAAUUCAUAGGAGAAGUCUAUUCGAUGAGCGAAAGAAAUUAAGAUGGUCUUGAACCCUUGGUAUAAAAUUUUUUGCAUUUUCUACACAACUAAUACGCAACUAGUAGAUACCAACAUAACCAGCCAGGCGACAAGACUGUGAAUCUCUAUCUCCUACAUCCAAACAUAAAUUUAGUCUCAACUCCACUGCUGUUCACGACUGAUGUUUCUCUUGCAUGUAAUUACAAUUCAAGUGGUGCAUUAAAGGCUCUUGCGUCGAUAACGGCUCCCCAAUUAUCAAUGGAGGAUGGAGCGAGUGGUCUAACUACACGGAGUGCUUUCCAGCGUGUGGAAGAGGAGUUCGCCACCGAGGAAGAACAUGCACCAACCCACUGUAAGAAAAACACUCUACUACAAAUGUAGUCCUAAUUUUUAGGAUAUAAUUGGUGAAAACCGAGAUUUUUUCUCGCGAACAAAGUGCAUACGUGUUCCUUUUGCCUUUGCUGGUGGUUUUCAUUUCUCAGUAAAAGUUCCGUCACCUGCUAUUACCUGAAUAGACCUGGCGUGACCCACAUCACUUAUAUCUUCGCCAACAUACAUAGCUUAUGGUACAACUCAUGGACAUAUUGAUUUUCCGCUAAAAAACAAGAGAAGAAAAUUCAUUAUUUCCGAAACAAUUUCGUAAAAUAGAAACUGAGCCUGUUCAUUUUAUUUUCCACCGGAAUGACCGUGUUCCUAUCGCAACUGGAAAGCACUCACAGAAAUAUGAUUCAAAAGCAGUUGCUAAGCUCCUUUUAAUUUUUUCUUUUUUCUUUUUUCUCACAAGACCUGAAAAUGGUGGCGCAGACUGUGAAGGUCCUGCGAUAUCGUUCUGGGAAACCUGUAAUAACGAGGUAAGAGCACUUACAAUUAAAACUUUACUCUUGAGCAAGCUCCCUUGAUAAUCAUGAAACUUCAUUUCUGCUUUGCGCUAGCUGAUAAAUGAAUCCCUCAAAAUUGUUUCUGAUUUUUACACCUUUUUUUCUUUCUUUUCAGUUAUUAUUAUUAAUAUUAUUAUUAUUAUUAUUAUUAUUUUUGUGACUUACCCCAUAUAAACCAAGAAUUGACAGGUUUCGGGACUCCUUACUAUUUUUAUUUCAGGUCCCUUGUAACAUUUCUGAUGGUCAGCCAUCUUUUCGUGAUUAUCAGUGUAAAAGGAUAAACGCUGAUUCCAACGCUUACUAUCCUCCCAGUAAGUGCGCUAGUUUUUUCAAAUCAUUAUUAAGUAAUUGAUAGAAGCGAAAGAUAAGAUAACUUUAGAGAGACAGUUCAUUUGCAAAAUCUUUGGAGAACUCCAUCAGUAAGGUACAACAUUUGGAAUGAAAAAAAUUAAUACGAUAAAAAGGUUCUUUGAUAUAGGUUACAUUACAAUGCAAAGAUGUAUUAUUUCAUGAUCCAGGUUAAAAAGACAGAAAGUAUCGUUCAAAGUCGGGAAAUUCCACUCACGAGACGAAAGAAUUAUCUUGAAGAAACAAAAAUGAGAGAUGCACCAUCUCAGAUGACGUCCUGGCCCACAGAAACGUAUUUGGAUAGCAUAAACAACAAUCUUUAACUCAACAGGCUAAUUAUUGCAAAGAUAUACUUUAAAUAUAUUUAAACACCGAAAAAAAAAAACCGAGGGGGUUGUUGGGAGCUCUAUUCACUCUUAUAUUCUUUUACUACAAAGAUGGCGCCAGCCAGCUUGUAGGUCUGGUGCAUUGGGUGAAGUGAUUUUAGUCUGUAAAGGUCCAAACUCCUCAAAAUUGUUAGCCUUUACAGGCUGAUGUAUACACAUGUAGAGAGGCUUUUGAUAUUUAUCCAUAAAAGGAAAAAUGAUGAUAUUUCUCUUUCAGACCAUAACCCAUGUAGACUUGCUUGUCGAUCAGGGGGCACUUUUGGUUUCUAUGGAAACGUGCUAGACGGCACUCCAUGCAGUGAAAACCCUUACGUGCAUGACGUAUGCAUCGAGGGAGAAUGCAAGGUAUACGGCCAUCUCGAGUUUAUCAUACGGGGCAACUAAAAUUCAAUAGGUUUCCUUGAGUUGCACUGAGUUACACUAUUUAUUUCGAUUUUGGGAAAGAAGUUGAAAAAUAGUCGCCUAUAAAAAAGUGCAACGAUUUUAGAAUAGUGUCUUUCCGUUCUCCUCGGAAAGUCUCCAAAGGAAAGAUUCCCAAGGACGGUUAUGAGAUAAUCUUGAUCAAUAGCAUGCGAUCACGGAUUUCAGCUGUUUAUAAUUGGUGUCAUUACUUAUCAUUUCUCUUUUUUUAAUAUUCUUCUGCUCUGUUCUAAUCUGUUUUUGCUAACUUUUUUCUUUUUAUCUUUUUAUUCAUUUUGUUUACUUGUUGCCGUUAUACGUGCAACUCAGACAUAUUCGCAAUUUACAGGAGUAAAUUUUAUACGAGAGUAAAUACAAGCGAUAACCUCACUGACUAUGUACUUCCUGUAACUAUAGGGGGAAAUUAAAUUUUGGACUUUAUCUCACCAAUUUCAUCAUUCGUUUACUUAUUUUGAUGUCUUUUUUUUUUUUCAUUAUUACAUUUAGUUUCUUAGUUGACUUAUUUUAACGUGAUUUGUUUAAAUUCCAGACGGUUGGUUGUGAUGGUAUUCUCAAUUCUGGAAAAGUAAAGGAUAGAUGUGGCGUUUGCGAUGGAAAUGGGGAUUCAUGUAUAUUUGUGAACUCUAGCUACACAAAGGACUACAAGAAAUGUGAGUUUCUCUACGCAAUGAUACAUAUUUGAUCCUGAUCUCAUAAUUAGAAAGCGUCAGUUCGAUUUUGAUCGUCAAUAUCAGUGGUUUAUUUUUAUUUAUUUUUAGCGCAUUGCAUCACAAAAAUCUCAAUGCUCUUACAAAAAUAGUAGCAAUUUAGGAUCCACUGACACCAUCACAAUAAUGAAUUAUAAUACAAUAACUAGACGAAGAAAUAGAUAAGCAUGCUCUGAUUUUGAGUUUGUAUGUUCGUAAAAAUAAUCAACGGACGGGGUGCUCAUCACGUCUAACGAUAGGUCGUUUUACUAGUCGUGGUGAUAAGGAGCUGGAAAUUGUUAAAUUUAUGCCAAAGUGACUCAUUUGACUUAGAAAGAGGGUACUCUUUGAAUUAAUGGUUGAAAAUUUGUGACUGGAAAGGAUUAUAAAGUCCUUCACAUUAAUGAUCAAAGGCCCAGGAUUGAAAAUCGUACACGUUUCAUCAUUCCGCCACACUUUUUCCAUUCUUAAUUCUUACCACCACCAUUUAGGUGUGAUACCGCUAUGCAGAAAGAUCUUUCGGUUCGCUAAAGUAUACAACUUUCAGCUAAAUGUUAACAUUGAUAAAUGCAAUGAUUGAAUAAUGCAUUAACCGAUUUGAAUUUCCUUUUCAGAUUGGUCCGCAGACACCAUCGUUGUUCUACCACCAAACACUUCCCAUGCGAUCUUCCAGCAGAGAAACGUAAAACAAUACAACGUUAUUGGUGAGAUUUUUUUGGGAACCGUCAUUGGCCAUUGAAAAAAUUGUGAAAAAAAUUCAUCUUAUUAAUGGUCAAUAACAUAAUCAACAAUAAAUGGAAGAGAUGAAAAUUCUGGAAACAUCAACAGCCAUUAUGUGAAUAGAGCACAGCCUUUUUUUUAAGGAUUUUUGAAGUUAAUUACCAAAUCGCUUAUGUUAUGAAGGUGUGCCCACUACCUCAAAUGAGGUCUCCCCCCUUGUGUGAAUAAGUAUGUGACUUGAGAUACAGGAAGGCAGCCGGGAUUACGACGUAUACAAAUAACUCCUUCCUGAUGCUUAACAUUUUCGCCUAUUUGUGGAUGAAUCGAUGACUGUAACAAGUCGAUUUUCAAUUCAUUCGUAGUCUAUUCUCUUCUUGCUGUGGGCCUAAGCUACAGUGGUAGAUGAUUUCCACAGCGUGAAAUCUUUAGUGGAUUUCUGGCCAUCAGUUUUGAUGUUCGUAUCAUCGCAGCUUUAUCGAUGUUGCCUUAAUUUAUUUUCCUUUAUUCAGGUGUUCAAUAUGAAAAAAAAGAUUUGAUUCCAAUACCAACUUGGACAGGAAAGACCAUCUACAAACAUGGAACAAAAAUUUCUUAUAUAAAUGACUACAGAAGUCCAGACCGGUUGGAAAUCGAUGGACCAAUAGCAGUGCCCCUACGAAUAGUGGUAAUUAUAUGAGGAACUAUUAAUGAAAACUGUACGAGAGAUUGAAGCAGCUUCCAAACUGCAUAAGUCAACUGUGACUAUAAGAAGAGCUUUGGAUCUUUUACAGUAGUUUUAAUUUUUAACUCGUGAAUUCUCGGAUCACAAUGUAUAAAUUGUCGCUGUGCGCGGGAUAUCAGAAAACGAGGAAAAUUAAUGUAAACUCGAUGGGUAACCUGGUAAUAAGUUUUUGAUUUCAAAUUUCGAUGAAAAAUUCUGAAGUAUUCACAAUUUCACGGAGGAAGGUAAUAUAAUAAGAAUAUGGCCUGACCGUCACGUCAUAAAUAUUUCCCUGUUAUGUUCAAACUAUUGUUCUAUUCUAAUUAAAGAAAAUGAACGAAGCUUUUAAAAUUAAAAGACAUGUUUCGACAGUUCUUCUGUCAUCUUCAGUUCUGAAUAAUACAAAGUACAAAGUUGAAUUUAAAGUGUGUAACAAAAUGCUGAUUGGACAAUGUAUGCAUUUACAAGGAAAGUUUUAAAUGAACAUGAUAAAAGUCGGUGAUUAAAGUUUCUCCCAUUGAAUGUGGAUAGCUUCUUUGAUUUUAACUACAUUUAAUGGGAGAAACCUACACUUAAUCACUAACUUUAUCAUGUUAAUUUAAGACUUUCCUUGUAAAUGCCUACUUUGUUCUGUCGUUAUUGUUUUUUUUUUGUAUUAUUCAGAACUGAGGAUGACAGAAGAACUGUCUAAACAUGUGUUUUAAUUUUAAAAGAGUCGUUCUUUUUCUUAAAUUCGUUACAUAUCUGCUUCUAUCCAGACUUAUGGUUCUAUUCCCAGCAAAUUAAAAUGCUUUCUUUCGUCGAGUAGUUUUUACGGGUGUGAAACUUCCUCUCUUAAGUUUCUCGUUUUCACAAGGGCUUAUGGUUGCAUAGGAUUCCAUUGACUGGUUCGAUUUCAUUUUUCUCCAUUUUUUGCAGUAUGUUCACCUACAGGCUCCCAAUGUGGCAGUUGACUACCAAUAUUACAGACCACUUGAGUUGCACGAGACUUCUAUGCCACCAACGUGUAGCUGGGUAACAACAAACUGGACUGACUGUUCUACAGGUUUCUCCAUUUAAGAAGUCACUUUUACUGUUAAAUAAAGAAAUACUCAUAAUUGACAACCUAAAUGGUCAAUUAGAGGGAUUGCAAAUAGGAUAUGGAGAGAAACGCAACGCCUAUGCAUGUUACUUGCUAAAAGAGCCACAAAGCCAAAGCAGGCUUGCAAGACUUUCAGGUCCUAUUUUUAACUACUUUAGGUCCUUUAGGGUACUGCAGGUCCUAUUUACAACUACUCGUUUCAGUAGUGUUCUUAGCUGCGAGGAUCUCUUAAUUUCAGCAGUGCAAAUAUAUGAAUUUUCAUAUAUCUAAAAUCGAAAUGAAACAUUUUGCCGGCAAAAGCUCGGCCGACUGGUUGGCCAACGAGUCGGUCAAUUAUCAAAGGAUAGCUGACCGUUUGUCGGUCAACUGUCAAUUGACUUUUGGCCGAAUGUCGAUGGAUUGCUCUCAAUGCACUUAUUAGGGGUAAGAUAAGCGAUUUCGCAACACCAACUUCGUAAAGAUUACCUGAACCACGCCACCACCUUGGACAACAUUGAGUGAUUAUUUUUGUUGCCGCACUGACAAAGGAUCAAUCGAUAGAUAGUACACCAGAAAAAUUUUAAACAUCUUAAUUUCAUUUUGAAUAAUUUUUUUUCUUUAUCAAGAAUUCCCUCAGUCUUUUUCUAAAAUCAGCCAAGUGUUUAUCCAAAUUAACAUUAAAUGUUUUCUCUUCCACAGGUCAGCAGACCCGUGAUGUCCACUGUGUAAGAGACGAUGAUAUGACCCCUGCGAGUGCUAGUUGCUGUGGAGAAGAUUCAAAACCUGAUGAAAUACAGCUUUGUUUUGAGUAAGUCACUGAGGUGGAAAAAGAUGCAUAAUAGAAAUGAAGAUGUUUUAUGAUAAUGCAUCAGAUUUUUGUGGACUUUGCAUAUUCUCCAUAAUUUUUUUCUUCUUGAUGUUGUUUAUAUCGAUUUUAAUGCGUUUUUGCUUUUAUGUUUGUUUGUUAUGAGCGUGACAAUGUCAUUUUUGUAAUUAAGUGGGUGGGAAAGUUGGUAAAUUUUAAGCUCGUUCGUCAAAUUAAAGAAAAAAAUGUUUCAACUUUCUCAUUCUAUUUACUUGCAUGGCGCUUUCCACGUCUACUCUAUCUAUCUCUCGUCUAUAUCAACAGCUUAACUCAUCAUUCGAGUUCUGCCUGUGGAAGGAAUUUCGUAGAGCAAAUUUGAUCUAACGAAUUUGCGCUCCGAUGCCGUCUCACGCUCGUGGCAAAACGAACAUCUUUAUUUAAAUCAGAUCUUCUCCCUAUUUUUCUAUCAACGACUCAGAUGGCACGUUUCAAACUGGCAGGCUUGUACGAAGACAUGUGGACGAGGAAACCAAUCACGAUCAGUUGUUUGUCGCGCAAGAGUUACUGACACUGACUAUCAAAUCGAGUUCGACGAAGUUUGUAACGCCACCAAAAAACCGAUCGAAACACGCUUCUGUAAUGAGAUAAACUGUCCUGCGUCCCGAACAACUCACUGGACAAAGGUAUGACAUGAUUUCACUUUUUAUACUAACGGCACACUAGGGCUCUCUAGUUGUCCAACAGUGUUUUCUACUAAACAAUGAGCUAUUUUUUAAAAAGAGUUUAAAAGCUAACGUUUGGAGCGUUAGCAUCAGGGCUAACGCUCCAAACGUCAGCUUUUAAGAUGUUUACGGUGGCCAAUUUACGUUACCAACUCAGUUGAUGUUGCUGAAUUACCCUGUUAUACUCUCCCACCAACGCAACACCACAGUUUCUUUAGAAACUUACCCCUUUUUUCAGUAAGCCACUUUGUUCUUUAUUGCGUUGUGUCUCUUUCAGGGGGCUAGGUAGUUCUUUCCGACAAGCGCUUUUUUAUUCAAACAUUUACGAUUUAUGAAGGGCCUUGAACUAUAUAUCUACUAUGCUUUUGUAGCAGUACAUUUGCGCUAAAUAUGCCCAUACUAGAUAUUUUAUCCACAUUCUAACAUUCGUCAAUAUGAAAUUGAGAUAAAAAUGGAGUAGAAAUGUCAAUUGUCGUAAGCUUUCCGGCAAGCCCAGUCAUUUAAUCGUGAUAAGUAUAGAAUAACUUUGAACAUUUCGGAAGUUUGAAGCUAACAGCCUAAAAUUGGAGAGUUAUAAUUAGCACUUUUGGAUUUCAAGCUUCCUUCUCCCCCUUGAUCAUCAAGAGAAGACUUUUGAGGCCUUUUCUCCCUCAUUCGUCAAUAAAACUAUUCCUUUUAACACACAAUCACUUCUGUUUUGGGUGACUUAGAUUUAUUGAAAUUAUUUUUUAACGCAUUUCAUAGUGUUCUACAGUCUGCCUUCCUGGGGUCCGAAAAAACUACACAAAAUGUUCACGCAUCAAUGCCCUGGGAGAAAGCGAAGAGGUGUCAGACAUACAAUGCGUUUAUGAAGGUAGCGCUCCUCCAUCUGCCAAUGAAACAUGCAAUGAUGACAACCCUUGUAAAAGUAAGUUAUCUCUGGCACUCUAGAGAACUGUUCUGAGACCUGAGAUCUGUAGGUUUGUAGUUUGCCGAAAAUCGAGCAAUCUCCCUGUCUUUCUUGGUUUUUUGUGCAUCCAGCAUUUCUUAACUAUUUGUCAUGUUGACUCUCCUAUCUUAGUCACACACUUUGUUUUUAACCUAAGUGAAGCUGGGCAUAGUAAGGUUAAUUGGAAUACUUGCAAUAAUUCUAAAUAUCAUCAAUGCAAAAACCUUUGAACGUAAAACGUUUGGCCCGAAAUGUAAAUCGGAACCUCUCAAAAAUAUGGACUUUUGUUCAAAAGGAAAAAAACCUUGAAUUUUUCCGCCGGUUUAACGAAUUACGAGUUAAUGAAUUAAACUCUGCCAAAUGCCACACUUGGUCAAAUAUCGAGCCUGAUAGGCCAGAACUUGGCAGCAUUCGAGCUGGGAGGCAGUUCUCUUUAUAAGAGACUGUGGGUUAAAAAUCUAGUGCCGGUCUAGGUUCAUUUGAUCACUUGAUGACUGAAUGCUCUCAGCCUGAACUUUCGCAUCGCUUUUUUCAUGUUUACAAGCCUACAAGCGCAUCUCAGACCUUAACAUUCGAAGAAAAUACAACAAUGGGAGAGAAACUUCAUUUAAUCCAGUCUUGAUUAUUUUCUCCUAUAAUACCUGUAGAGCAUGCGAUCGGCUGUUUUAAGACUCCUUCUGGCUUAUUCUCAAAGACCCUUGGUGACUUCAGAGCAGAGGCUAAGACAGAUCCGAACCAGGCCGUCAUGCAGUGCGGCGAAUUAGCACAUAGGAAUGGUUACCGUGUGUUCGCCCUUGGCUUUGAUGGUUUGUGCAUGUCAGGCGCGGACGCAAAAAACAAAUACUACAAACACAAACAGCCUGGAAGAAAAACUGAUGCAGAUAAAUGCUCGGGAGUUAUUGGACAGGGGCCAUUCAGUGUUGUUUAUUCCUUUGGUAAUGACGUGGUUUCCUUUUAUUAAUUUGUUCUAACAGUUUUGGUGUAUUCAAAGUUAUAGGCUGAACCUGUAAUCCGAAGUCAACUAGAAAGAACACAGAAGGCGACAAUGGGUUUGUUGCAAAGCAACUAAAACAUCACUCAAAUAGACAAAAAUAUCCUUCUUCUUUUCUCUUAAAGUAAAACCAUUGCACCAUACACUACAAGUCACAUUCUCAAUUUAUUGCUUUAACACAAAUCCGUCAUUGUGCCUGCAGAUCCGUUGCCAGAGUAUGAACCAGUUGGAUGCUUCAAAGACAAGACAGGUGACCGCGCGAUGUCAGAUAACUACGCAAAUUUCCGAUUCUUCAUCGACUGGCACAACUUGAACUCUACAAUCCGCCAGUGCGCACUCGUUGCCCGAGAUAAAGGCUACAAGUACUUCGCAGUUCAAUUUUACGGAGAAUGCUGGUCCUCUCCAGACGCUGCAGAGACUUAUAACAGGCAUGGUCCACAAAAAGAUCUGAAGAAAUGCCGGGCGGGUGUGGGAGCUCUCUUUACAAACUAUGUUUAUCGAUUCAAACAGGUGAGUUUACUCCAGCUUCUUUUAACAUAUUGAGCACAAUCUAUAAUUCUAAACCCUGGCUGAAACGGGUCGAUAGGUCGUUUUCCAAUUGAUAUUUUGGGGUCAGGAAAAGUCAGGCUUUGUAGGAAGGAGAGAAAAUAUUUCUUUUCCCAACCUUCUGCUUUUGGGCACCACGACAUCAUUUGUUUGUCGGUCGAACGCGCGUGAUGUAACCCCACAUACCUUGAGGAAAAAUAACACCAACCAGUCAAGGCGGGAGUACUUCUCUUGAACACCUUAUAUAGAAUUAGGCACAUUUACGAGGGCUUUAUUUCAUUCUCUUAUUUUCUUGCAGAUAAAAACCAGAAAAACUGAGCCAGACCAUGACUCGUCUUCAAACAUUGUGGACAAUAACAAUGCUAAUAUCAUAGCCAAAUAGUGAUUUCGAAGUUGUCACUGUCAUAGUACAUAUGUUUAAUAUAAUUCACGAAGCAGAGCUAGGAUUAGCCGCUCUAGAGAAUUUAGCAGAGAAAAUUAGGUUUUAAAUGUCAACGCUUUUAGAAAACUUAUGUAGAACGAUCUUGUUGGGGUCUUUAAAGGCAUCAAGCGCUAAUAAAAAAAAAGAAAAAGAACGUUUUACCUGGGAGUCUCAUUAUUUUACACUCUAGUUAAGGCCACG